CCCUAUGGAGAGGGUUAUGAGUCUUAUGAGAAGUACCUGUGCAAGAAUGACUGUGAGAAUGAUGAUGAUGUUCUUAUUACGACGACAGAAGCAAAGAAGAACAGAUACUCCAUCCAUGAUGACAGACAGGUAUUUACUGUGACCAUCUCUGAUUUGAGGCGUAUGGAUGCUGGGAAAUACCUGUGUGGGAUUACCAGAACUGGUUAUGAUACCUACCCUGCGGAAGUAAACCUGGAAGUAAAACAAGACAGCUGCUGUGAUCAUUCCACCAAAGUCCAACGUUAUGAGGAGAGUUCAGUGUCCUUCAGUUGUCCGUAUGAGUCUGAGUACCAGAACAGCCUCAAGUACAUCUGCAGAGGAAACCAGCCCUCCACAUGUCUGCAGCACGCACUAAUCUCCUCUGACAACAAACAAAAGGGACAGUUCACACUUACAGAUGACAUGGCAUCCAGGAAAUUCACAGUGACCAUUACCAGUUUGACCCAAAACAAUUCUUGGUCGUACCUUUGUGGUGUCCAUGGAAACACUGGCCUGGAUGUUUUCUCUGCUUUUGAGCUAGAAGUCAAAGGUAAAAGAUCUACCUCAUCAUAUUGUAGUAAACUGUUAUUUUCCACAGAAUGUAAAUCAGCCCAAAAACACGUUUCUGUAAAAUUGAUAUUAAGAAAAAAUGACAAAAGGUUUCAGAAGCAAACCUUUUAUUUAUGA